AUGCCAAACGAGGCGGAGAAGGAGGUGACAAGGGGAUACGACGAAGAGCACGCACAUAUACGAGAAGAACGCGACAUGUACGAGGAAAAAUACAACGGUCUGCUUGCCAAACUUACUCAAAUGCGCAAUACGCUGGGCGAGCGAUUACGCGAUGACGCUGAAGAGCUAGAUCGGCGAGAGCAGCAAAUUGAGAAGCUCACGGCUCAAAUUGACGAGUGCCAUGUCACAAAUUCAACGCUGCAGGAAGAGCUUGUGACAUCGCAUGCCGAUACAGAUCGUAUGUCGUCCGAAAUCGACACGCUUCGUGCACACAUUGCAGAAAAUACUGCUUCGGUUGGAUCUGAGAAGCUUAAUUUGGUUGAGUCCCGGUGCAGAGAAUUGCAGCAGACGAUGGAUGCACAGCGCGUGGAUCUUGACCGCUGGGAGAACGCAUACCUCGAUGAACGAUCGAGAAAAGAAGAGCUCGAGUCCCGCAUUGUAGCCCUGGAAAAAGCAAUGCGUGAUGCAGAGAGCCGAGAAGAGCAGCACAGCUAUUUUAUUGAACAGGAAAAGCUAGUGGCACGGCAGCUUCAGCAGGCAUUAGAGGACUUGCAGAUUACGCACGAACAAGAUGCGCACCGUGCAGUGGAGAACAUGCAGGAAGAGCUGGACAAGACAGAGGCGGAACUAGAGACGUACAAGAUCCGCCUACAUGAUACCGAAGUACAAUUGCACGGCACGCGGGAAGCUGCUGGGAAAUGUGCUGCCUUGGAGCAAGAGGUGAAAGAGAAAAAUAUCUUUAUUGGCAAGUUACGCCACGAAGCGGUCAUUCUUAACGAGCAUCUUACCGAUGCUCUUCGAAAGAUUCGCCAGGAUUCGCCUGAAUCGGUUGUCGACAAGCGCUUGGUUACCAACCUUUUGCUCCAGUUCCUCACGCUGCCCCGCGCCGAUUCGAAGCGCUUCGAGGUGCUGGGUCUUAUUGGCACAGUCCUGCAAUGGGACGACGAGGAGCGAGAGAAAGCUGGGCUUAAGAAAAGCAACGAAGGCAGCAAAGGGUUCGGAUUUCUAGGUCUCGGUGCUUUGCGUUCCAACACUCAAUCUACAGAACAAGCGAGCGACGAGCCUGUGUCGAACCUAUUUGUAGAAUUCCUGCUUACCGAAGUCGAGCGCGGCCGUGGCGGAAAUCCAAGCGCUUCUAAAGAUAUAAAGCAAGGCGCAAAAAGCGACCAAUUCGAUCUCCGCCGCCUUGGGGAAUUGGAACGUGCGGAUACACCAGCCUGUCAUAGCGAGGCCGAGAAGUUGGAUGCUGAAAUUUUUCUGAUUCGCCAUGGCGAAAAAGAUCCAGACGGCGCGAUAGGCUUGAACCCCACUGGAGAACAGCGUGCAGAAUGUGUUACUAAGUUGUUCUCGCGUGGUGAUCUGAAAGUUGACUACAUCAUUGUCCAAGACUACAAGUCCAACGGAAAGCGUAUUCGGCCCUAUAUGACUGUCAAGGGGCUCGGGAAGAAGCUGAAUAUCAACGUUGAUCACCAUUGCGAUCGUGAUGACGAGGAUUGCGCUUUGGAUAGCAUAAAGAAAGCUGUCAGUAAAGGUGCCAAGCGGGUUCUCGUUUGCUGGGAGCACGAUGCGCUUUCAGAUAUCGCUGAGUUGCUCGGCGUUGACGGUUUGAAAUAUCCUUCAGACAGGUUUGACCUGGUUUACCAAGUGUACCAAGGAAAACUGGAAAAGGUAUUUUCUGAGGAUUGUCCUAAACUUGACAAGUAA